AUGGACGACCAGUUCAACGUCAGGACGGACGACGACCUGUUCCUCGACGAUUUCGAGCCUGUAGAGUCCGAAGCUGUCCCGUCGGUGGUCGCGCCCGAGCCGCAAACGCCAAUCGAACCCUCCUCAUCGGCACCCGAAACCCAGCCAACUCCCGCUGAAGCCAGGCCGCCGAACCCAACCCCCAGAAAGGCCGCCUCCGCCAGGCCGCAUCCGCCCGCGAGCCACGAGCCCCGGCCACGCGGACAACUCGGCCAGUCGCGACAUGCCCCGGCCGCCUCCUCCCCAAACGCACGCGGUGGACGCGGCCAGCGCGGCCGCGGCGGGGGCGGCAUAGGCAAGCCGCACGCGCAGGCGGUACAGCAAGCGAACAAGCCUGAGCCUGCCGAGGGGAGCAGCGCCAGCGCCGCGCCCGAGGACGGCAGCAGCGCGACGCCCUCGGCGACGGCCGACGAGGAUCCCAACGCGCCCCCGCCCAACGCGCCCACGGGCCCCGCGGCGGCGCAGCAGCAGCAGACGACGCCCGUCAAGCCGGCGUCGGUGACGUCGGAGGCGCGCCUCAAGUCCGGCGCGAACCCGCGCACCAAGCUGACGGACGAGGAGCUGUCGGCCAAGAUGGCGGCCAUGGCGGUGGCGUCGGCCGAGAAGAUGCGGCGGCACAACCAAGCGCAGCGGGACGAGCGCGACCACGAGAUGGCCAUGGCGCGCAGCGCCGAGGAUGCGCGCAAGCGCCGCGCGGCGGAGCAGGAGAAGCGCCGCCAGGCCGAGGAGGACCGGCAGAGGCUCGAGGACGAGAGGGCUAGGAACCGCGAGAGGAAGCUCAAGGCUAUGGGCGCCAAGGAUGGCGCCUGGGAGCAGGAGGCGCAGCAGGAGGACAGGAGGGCGUUCACGGGAGGCGCCAACGGCGGCGUCAGGGGGUCUAAGGGUCUCCAUUCCGGCAGGCUGGGCGGGCUUCAGGGUAGCAAGUAUGCCACCGGGGACGGGGACGACGCUUCUGAGGAUCGCGGCUACAGCAACCACCGCGGCGGCCGUGGGGGAGGCCGCGGGCGUGGCCGUGGCGGGGAUUUCGGCGGCGGAGGUGGCGGGCGCAACGGCCAGCAGGUUUCCAAGCCGGCCAUCAACAACGAAGCCGAGUUCCCACCCCUGUCGACAAAAGCUGCACCCAAGGCGGUGGCGGUGGAGACGACCAAGAAGAGCGAGAACCCCGUCAAGAUGUUCUCGCCGCUGGCCCCCAACGCUCGGUGGGAUGACGAGGUUGAAGCCGAGGACGCGAGAGCAAAGGCUGAAGAUAAAGCGGCCGCCUAG